AUGCGAAGGAAGGCAGCCGCCGACCGCGCCGAGAAGACGGCCAACCAGCGACCCAGCAGCACAAGGGCAGCAGGCGCCGGUGGCAGUUCAAGCACUAUGCUGAGGCUGUACACUGACGAGUCGCCCGGACUCAAGGUCGACCCUGUCGUGGUCAUGACGCUGUCUGUUGUCUUCAUCUUCAGCGUUGUUGCUCUUCACGCAGUCAUUGCCAAGGUCAUGCGCCGCUUCUCCGCAUAG